AUGGCUCCCAAGACGUACAAUGUCGGCGUGAUUGGUUACGGCUUCAGCGCAAAGAUCUUCCACAUCCCCUUUGUGGAGCAGAUUCCCGAGCUGAAGCUGUAUGCGGUGGUCCAGCGCACCCCGAAAGCCAACGAUGAUGCGGAGAAGGAUCAUCCGGGCGUCAAGUCCUACCGCACAACCGACGAGCUAAUGCAAGACUCGGCGGUGGAUGUGGUGAUUGUCACGACGGCCCCCGAUUCUCAUUAUACCCUGGUGAAGCAAGCGCUGGAGUCGGGCAAACAUGUCGUUUGCGAGAAGCCUUUCACCCCCACUUACAAGGAAGCCGAGGAGCUUGUUGCUCUCGCUGAGAAGCAGGGCAAGGUCCUUGCUGUUUAUCAGAACCGUCGUUUUGACGCCGACUUUGUCACCCUGUCCAAGCUCAUCAAGAACGGCUCCCUUGGCCGCAUCUCCGAAUUGGAGACCCACUUUGACCGUCACCGUCCCGAGGAGCCGUCUGCCGAUGCUCACAAGUGGAAGAACAAGGUCAUCCCGGGCGGCUCAGCCGUCUACGACCUGGGCACUCACCUGCUCGACCAGGCCGUUCACCUCUUGGGUCUUCCUGCUCGGGUGACGGGGUUCAUCGGUUCCGCGCGGGCGCAGAACACUUCUGGCUUCGAAGAUUCUUUCACCGUCUUGCUACACUACGCCAAUGGCACUAUGGUGACCGCCAAGGCAACUGUCAUCAGUCCCGAAGAGGAGCAAUUGCGCUUCUGGGUCCGUGGUGACAAGGGAAGUUUCAAGAAGUACCACCUUGACAUCCAAGAAGAUCAGCUCAAGGCCGGCGUCAGACCCACAGAUAAUGGCUACGGCCGUGAACCCAGCGAGCGCUAUGGUACCCUCACGACCAUGCAGAGCGGCAAGCCGGCCAAGGAAGUCGUGCCCACUGUUGAGCCGCCUACAUACACUGAGUACUACCGCAAGCUAGUCCGCGCUCUGAACGGCGAGGGAGAUUCCCCGGCCAGUGGCGCCGAGGCUGCGCAGGUCAUUCGCUUGAUCGAGCUGGCUCGGGAGAGCUCUGCUACAGGCAAGACUAUGCAGGUCUAG